AUGGAUGAUUAUGAGAUAUUCGACACAAUAGGAAAUGGAACUUAUGGUAAGGUGUACAAAGCCAAGGUAAAAAAUACAGGGCAGAUUGUGGCCAUUAAGAAAGCUAAGCUUGAGCGUGAUGAAGAUGGAAUUGCCGCUACUACCCUCCGUGAGAUAUCCCUUCUGAGGAUGUUAUCUCAGAAUCUUAAUAUUGUAAGGUUACUUGAUGUUAAACACUUGAAGUGCAAUGACGGAAGGCUCUUCGUGUGUUUAAUAUUUGAAUACGUGGACUGUGAUCUCAGGGAUUACAUUGAUAAGUUAUCCAAGACAAAAAUGCCUCAGAUGCUUAUCAAGGUAUUUAUUGUGCUGCAGAGCUUCAUGUACCAGUUGUUCAAGGGAGUUUCUUACUGCCAUGGUCAUGGUGUAAUUCAUAGGGAUUUGAAGCCUCAAAAUAUUUUGGUGGAUAAAACAAGGGGUUUACUUAAACUUGCAGACUUCGGAUUGGGGAGGUCAUUCUUUCUGCCUGUUGGCGCCUUGACUCAUAAUGUAAUGACCCUUUGGUACAGGGCUCCUGAAGUUCUCUUGGGGGUUGUUCAGUAUUCCAUACCUGUUGACAUCUGGUCACUUGGUUGUAUAUUUGCUGAAAUGUCUCGCAUGACUCCUUUAUUCAGAGGAGAUUCAGAAAUAGGCCAACUUCUUUGCAUUUUUAGGCAACUCGGGACUCCUACUGAAGAUAUGUGGCCAGGGGUGAGCAAGUCCAGGAAUUGGCAUUCUUAUCCUGAGUGGAAACCUCAGAAGUUAAGCUUGGUUGUUCCAGAUAUGGAACCGAGUGGUGUAGAUUUGUUGUCUAAUAUGUUGGAUUAUGAUCCAGCGAAGAGAAUAUCAGCCAAGGAGGCAAUGCAACACCCUUACUUCGAUGACCUAGAUAAAUCUCAAUACUGA